CGGAGCAUGGUGGUGGGGGAAUCCCCUAAAGAGCCCCGCGCGCGGCCAAGGCACUCAGAGCCGCUCACACUUAGCAACUGGACGCUCACCAUGGCUCUCGUCGGCGUUCUGUUGGCAGCCCUGGCCGUGGGCCUGCUGCUCUACCUGCUGCUCGUCGCCAUCUCCAGGCCUGACAACUUCCCGCCAGGUCCGCCCCCGAUGCCGAUAUGGGGCAACUACGUGCAGAUGCUGCUGAUCAACUACAAGUACCCGUACAAGGUGCUGGACCUGAUGACGCGCUUCUACAAGAGCAAAGUGAUCGGCUUCUACUUCGGGGACUCGCCCGCCAUCGCCGCCUGCGAUUACCAGUCGGUGAAGGAGGCGCUCAACAACCCGCACCUCCAGGGACGCGUCGUUAACAUCGGGCUCAAGCACCGCAUGUUCGGCAAGGAACUCGGCAUCUUCUUCACGGAGGGCCCUCGCUGGCUGGAGCAGAAGCGCUUCUCACUGAGGAACAUGAGGGACUUCGGGUUCGGCCGCCGCUCUGAGAAACUGGAGGCGGAGAUCGCGGCGGAGCUGCGGGAUCUGGUGGAGCUGAUCCGUGGAGGCCGCGAGGACCAGGCGGUGGUGCGGCCGUCGUCAGGCGCGAGCAGCGUGCUGCUGCCGGAGGUGCUGACGCCGGUCUUCAUCAACGGCCUGCUGCCGGUGUACGCGGGGUCGCGGCUGCCGCGCUCGGCCGACGAGACGGCGCGCCAGAUGGGCCGCGCCGCGCUCCAGUUCCAGAAGUCCAGCGACACCACGGGCGGCUUCCUCACGCUGCACCCCUGGCUGGCGUGGCUCGCGCCCCGCCUCUCCGGAUACCUCGACCACACCGAGGGCUCCGACAAGAUGCGCCGCUUCCUCGAGCCAUAUAUUGAGGAGCACAAGAAGACCUACUCCGACGACUACAUGCGAGACUUCAUCGACUCCUACCUGCGCGAAAUUGGGGAGCGGGAGAAAACCGGAGAACCGACAACGUUUACCAUGGAGCAGCUGUCCCUGAUCCUGCUGGACUUCUUCUUCCCGGCGGCCUCCGCACUGUCGGCCACCCUCACCUGGACGCUGAUCUACAUGGUCCACCACCCGGAGGUGCGGAAAAGGGUGCAGGAGGAGCUGGACGCAGUCGUGGGCCGCGGGAGGCUCCCCACGCUGGAUGACCGUCCCAAUCUGCCCUACACAGAAGCGACGAUACGGGAGGUGAUGAGGAUCCGGACCCUCACUCCCAUCUCUAUUCCCCAUAAGGCCAUGGAAGACACUACUCUACAGGGUUACAGUGUGCCCAAAGGUACCGUUGUGAUAACCUGCUUAUAUAGCAUGCACAUGGACGGAGAUCUAUGGGGUGACCCGAAGACCUUCAGGCCUGAGAGGUUUUUGGACGGUGAUGGAAAACUCAGCAAGAAAGACUUUACUUUGCCAUUUGGGGCUGGUAAGCGGCUGUGUGCAGGAGAGACUUUUGCCCGGCAGAACUUGUUCCUCACGUUCUCGACACUCAUGCAGAACUUCUCAAUCAAGUCAGAUGGUGUGCCCCUGCCAGACAGCAACGUUCCUGGCAUCAUUGAGACGGCUCCUGCAUUUUGGGCACAGUUCGAGCCUCGCUGAAUGAACAUUGUAAGUUACAUAACCUGGCACUUAGCCUCAGUCCUCUCUCGGCCUCUUGCUGUUACCCUCCAGUUGUUAAUGGAUUUGAUUAAUGGAUUUGACAAACAUAUGUUAAAUAAAGUACAUUGAAUUGCAGUA